UUUAUUCUAACUCUUGAUGAUGUAUACAGUAAGCUAAAUGACGAUCCUGAAAUAUCAAAUUAGCUUUAUUGUGUAUUGUUUAUUGUUAGGAGUUCGGCUAUACUGAGCGAAAUUUUAUGGAAGACUCCGUGAGUCGUGGCAGCGAGGUCCUCCUCAGCCCCAGUAAAGAUGGCGAUCCUGAAAUGAAGAAGAAAAUGGAGGACCAACAACCCUGUCGUAUUGAUAUAUGUAGAGGGCAAAAACUCGUAGUGACGGUGGAAGAUGCCCAACUUGACCUCCUCCUCGUGUCCUAUGAACAUGGCACUCAAGUUUUCCAAGGAGUUUUGCUCGAUUCAACUAAGAGGAGACUUCCCUGUGGAAUAUAUCCCCCAGGUGGUGAAUUUCCACCAAAACCACCAACAGAUGCCACACCAGUGUCAGAGAAUGAUGAUAAACUCUUCUCUGUGAAGCAGCGACACACUUACUUCCAGCAAGAUACAGCCAUUGUGGAUCCCAACUCGAAAGCCAAAAAGGGGGUGCAGCUUAGAAAGUCAAUUUCUCUUACUCAGCGUUUCAAAAACUCUCGUAUGACAGUGCGUCUAAGACCAAGACAAGUUUUGUGUUCUAAAUGUCAGUCUAUAUGUAAUGAGAAGUCAGAAAAUGUUAGUGGAGCAAAAGGUCAAAGAGCAACUGAGCCACCAACAGCAGCUAAGCCAGUUACUGAAACUCGUGGUAGUACCAGAAGUUCACGUGACAGGAAUUCCCAAGAGCAACACAACAGUGGUACAUCCUCCCAACACAGAAGAGGAGAGCGAUCUCCACAGAAGAAUGUGCGACUGGUUCCUAAAUUAGUAAAAUUGAAACCAAGUGAAAUAGAGGCUGCUACAAAUAAGGGAGUAAGCUGUCUAAGAAAAGGUUCACAGACUCGCAGUACACGAAGUGAUUCGGACUCGUGUGAUAGUGAAGUAAGUGUUGGCUCAAACACAUCUUAUUCUGUGUCGGGAAAUAAUAGUGCUUCAGAUGGCAAAGUACCAAAGUUAAAACUAUCUACCAGUCUUUGCGCAGCUGAAUCAGCAGAAACAAAGCGAAAAGGUCGCAUUCCAAAGAUGACUAUAUCAACUUUUAACCUUGCUUUACAAUCUAGUGAAGGCUCCAAGGAAAAUUGGGAAAGUGAUAGUAGUGAAAUAAGAAACCAGGGUAUACCUAAGAUGAUAUUAUCCACUUCAGGAAUUGUUUCUGAACCUGUCAGUGAUAAAAAAGAUAAAGAUAGUGGGAAAAAUAGAAAACAGUCAGAUUCAAGUGAGGCACAAGUUGAUGCAAAAGAAUUAAGAUUAAGAUCAGGUAAUGUGCAUAAGUUGACGAUCACAGCCACUGGAUUUCAAGACUUUGGGGAGUCUUUAGGUGAUAGGGUAUCUCCCAUACCAAAAUUAACAAUUCUUCCAUUGAUUCCAAAGAAAGAAUGUCAAGAGGAGAAGAUCUCUAGUGAUGUUAAGCAUCAUAAAAUAGGUAAAGGUUUCUUAGAAGAUACUCCUACUGAGAAAAUGAGUUUAAGAAAAAAGCGUUCUUUAGGUUCAAUGGAAGAUCUAUGGGAUGAAAGUGUCUUUGAUGAAACUGCAAAAAAGCACAAAAGAGAAGAGGCAGAAGAAGGGAAAGAAGGCAAUGACUCGCAGAAACUUAUAAGUGAAGACAAAGAUGUAUUAGAAGGAGACAAACCAAAAGCUACACCAGUCCUAAAAAUUUCUUUUGGACCAGAGGGGAAAGGAACAGUCCUCAAAAUCCCAUCCAAGAGUACUGUUGCCACUAUUAGUACUCCUGAAGUAGAUACAGAAGAAGAAAUGACUAAAAAAUAUAAAGACAUUAGUGCAAAAGCAGCUAAAAAAGCAUUGAAAAAGGCAAAAAAAGAAGCUCAAAAGAAGACAAUGCUUGGCGGGGCCUCGCCUGCAUAUAUUGUGGGAGGAAUGUCUCCAAGGUUUGGGGGAAUGUCACCUCUCAGACUUGGUGGCAUGUCCCCAGCAAGGUUGGGUGGUUUCUCACCAGCAAGAUUUGGUGGUACAUCUCCAGCUCGCUUUGGAGGCAUGUCCCCUGCCAGAGCUGCUGCCGUUGAUCUUUCAACUCGUGAUUUGCCUCCAAAAAAGCAUAAACAUAAGGUGAAACACAAAAAAAAACAUAAAGAUGAGCGCAGGCAUAAAUCACCAGAAGAAAGCAAAGCCCAAGUUGAAAUUAAUGAUCAUAAGGAAAACUCUAUGCAUUUACCAGAGUCCAUAGAUCCAGACAUUCCUAUUGAAAAUAUCACUCCCGAUUUACAGUGGAAUGCAUCUGAGGGAAAUGAAUAUCCUAUUGACCAGUCUUCACAAUCAGCUCUUAAUUUUAGUCAAUCCAAUUUAAAUUUGCAAUCUGCUUCCAACUCAGGUAUACCUUUGCAACCUUCUCGACAUAAGCUUUCAAUAUCCAUAAAAAGAGUAAGUAAUGCUAGUUAUGUGGCAUGUGAUUCAAGCCAUUCAGAUGGAGAAAGAACUGUUACCCCAACGAAUCCUGUUUGCCACGAAGAUGUUGCCGAAAAAGCCCAAGAAAUGGCAUUUGAAAUGGACCGUAUCAGACAGGAUAGAUCUCAAGCUGUACCAUUUGAAUCAGAAGAAUAUGGUAAAGAUGCAUCUUCAGAAUUGCUUCAGUCUUAUGAAUUGGAAAGUGCCAGAACAGAAAACUUGCCAUCGUUAAUAGAUACAAUGGAAGAGAGAAGUGAUAGGCCAACAGCAACAACUUAUGGGAUGGAAACUCCAGAGCCUUCCCUUCCAGGCAGUGACUCUCCUGGGAGUGAUGAUGCAUGUAAUGGAGUAGUUCCUGACUUUCCAAGCAGUGCUCCAAAUAUUGAAGGACUUGAUGGCCAACCAAGUGCUGCUCUUUUGAUGAAACUCAGCUGGCAAGAAGUAGAGCAGUGUGAGAUUGGAGAAGGAAGAGUUAUGGCAGUAGGAGAUGUUGUAUGGGGAAAAAUACAUGGAUUCCCAUGGUGGCCAGCAAAGGUGAUGGCAAUUCGUGUCUUACGUGAAGGAAGUGGUGACACUAAGUGGCAGCAGGCUCAUGUUAGUUGGUAUGGCUCCUCCACAUCCUCUCUCAUGCCAGCUAAUACUUUGCAGCCCUUUCUUCAAAUGUUCAAGAUGAGGUAUAACAAGAGGAAGAGGGGGCCAUACAGAGAGGCUAUCAAACAGGCAACAAGUGAAGCUGAACAAACUCAGUCUAACGACUUUGAAUUCCAAGACAGAGAAGACGAUCACCAUCUUCAGCAACAGCAGCAACAGCAACACCAAACUCCAGAAAACCUGCUAGGUGCUUCUCCUCGGGAGGUGGAUGUUGUCAGCUGAGACAUGUAUAUGCCAGGUUGCACUGAGCGUUUCUAAAGUACUUUCACAAGCUAACACCAAAGUCGCCAUCGCUUCCAGCACUUCAAUAAAGGAUCUAACCAAGACAAAAUCAAAACACCAUGAACCACUCAAUGCAGGGGUUUACACUAUACCCUGUGGAGGCUGCAUCAAGAUUUAUGUAGGUGAAACGGCAAGAAACCUCGACACCUGCCUCAAUGAACACAUUUAUGCAUGUAGGAACGACAGCUUGAACAACUCCUGCGUACAACACUGAAAUUCCACCAAUCAUCUCAUGAAAUUCAAGGAUGCCCAAUUAGUGAUCAAAGAAACUAAUUUCUGCAGAUGCAAGUGCCUUGAAUCAUCACUAAUUGCUGUUUCUAAUAUGAUUUAACAAAACAAAGGCAGCUUCACCAUCUUUGAAGUCUUAGCAAGAAUCCUCCUGAAAACAGUAAACCCUGCCAUCACAUAGUCUCUCCUACUACACAAGCACAUUACAGAGAAUGAACACUGAAACAGGCCUUCUCUAUCCAGCCUCCUAUAAAAAUAUUUGUCUAACCUAAUUUUAUGUUACCCAAGUAAUAGCUUUUAUAUCCUUUUACUCAUGUUCAAGUUAAUUGUUCUACCAUAUUGUAUUACUACUACUACUACCACCACUAGUAUUGCACCUCACUCUGAGCCUAUAUACAGUGGGCCCCCGGUUCACAAUAUUAAUCCGUUCCUGAGAGCUCAUUGUAAACCAAAAUUAUCGGAAAGCGAAUCAAUUUUCCCCAUAAGAAAUAAUGGAAAUCAAAUUAAUCCGUGCAAGACACCCAAAAGUAUGAAAAAAAAAUUUUUUUUACCACAUGAAAUAUUAAUUUUAAUACACACAAACUGAAGAAGACAUGCACAGUUACAUGACACUUACCUUUAUUGAAGAUCUGGUGAUGAUUGAUGGGAUGGGAGGAGGGGAGAGUGUGGAUGGUCUUAGUGUUUAGAAGGGGAAUCCCGUUCCAUUAGGACUUGAGGUAGCAAGUCCUUUUCUGGGGUUACUUCCCUUCUUCUUUUAAUGCCACUAGGACCAGCUUGAGAGUCACUGGACUUCUCUCGCACAACAUAUCUGUCCAUAGAGGCCUGUACCUCUCGUUCCUUUAUGACUUCCCUAAAGUGUUUCACAACAUUGUCAGUGUAAUAGUCACCAGCAUGGCUUGCAAUAGCUGUGUGAGGGUGAUUUUCAUCACCCUUUUCACAAUGAUCGCUUGAGAGAUGCUAUCUCCUGCUAUCUGUUUUUCAUUUAUCCACACCAAUAACAGUCUCUCAACAUUUUCUAACACUUGCGGUUGCUGUUUCGUAAUCACAGUUGCACCUUUUGCAAGAACAGCUUCCUUGAUUGCCGUUUUCCUGCUCACUAUAGUAGAGAUGGUUGAUUGGGGUUUACUAUACAACCUGACCAGUUCCAACACACACACUCCACUUUCGUACUUUGCAAUUAUUUCUUUCUUCAUUUCAACAGUCAUUAGCACCCUUGGUCUCGAAGGGUUGGCACUAGGAGCUUUCUUGGGGCCCAUGGUGACUUAUUUUGCAGAAACAAGCACCAAAAACAGUGAUAAUAUGGAUAAUAUGGAAUGUACCAAAUGUAUCCUUAGAUGCGCGCACACUGGGUGGCUUGUAAACACUGGUACACACGGGGGAGUUCAGGCCACAAGUGGACACGUCUCGUACGAAUCGUAUCGCAUACCGGGUUUUGUAUCGGGAAGCGAGGCAAAAAUUUUUCGAUCAAAUGCAUCGGCAACCGAAUUUAUCGGAUACCGGUAACAUCGGGAACUGGGGGUCCACUGUAUACCCUCUGUGUUCAUGUACUGUUUGUAACAGCUUGACAAAGUUCCUGGAGAGCAAAACGUUGCCACAAUAAAAAUGUCACAUUAGUUGCACUUGUGUCCUUUUACUUUACAGAGCUUGCUAUUAUUAGAAGAUCCAUUGUAAUCAGUGAAAAACAAAUAUGUACAGUCAAUUCACUUGCUCUCUAAGAUCAAAUAUGUCACAACUACUCUGUUACAUGCCUCUUUUGCCCUCCCUCUUCCUCAUCAAUACACAUAUUCAAAUAAACACACCACCAUAGUAUUAUGUAUCAUUCCAGCUUUCGAAUAUCGUGUAGCAAUGGAAUCAAACUGCAGGCAACAUUAACACACACUCUGAAUAGCCACUGAAAGUUCUUAUUUACUUUGGGCAAUACUGUAAUUGGUUGGAUAUCAGCACUGCUCGUAUUGCUUCAGAUUUGUUGAAAUGACCAUGCUAUUAAUGUUAGGGGCAAGACUUUUGAGUUUAAACAAAAAAAAUUAGAAAGAAGUCUAGUACACCCACACCCACAUUCAAUGCACACAUUGUAUACUGAAUAUAAUGAGAACUUGUAAAAUUUUGAUUUAGUAUAAGUUGUUGUAAAGCAUCAGCUAUUGUAAUACAAGACUGGGAUUUUUAAAUUUUUUUGGUAUCAUGGCUGCUAUCAAUUUUAAGUUACUCUUUAUUCAACCCAGUACAGUAAUAAAGUAGCUUCAGCUAUACAAUACCUCACAUUUUUUACAAUAAAUCUAAACUCUUGAUUACCAGUGACAAUUUCAUAUUUUUAAUUUUGGUAAUCAUUCGUAAGUACAGAGGAUGUGAAUAUCGACACAAUUUUAAGAAAGUUUUUACCUGAGUAAGAGUUUUGGACACUGGUACAUUGCAGUGAUCAGAGUGUUAAAAAUAAGAGAAUAUAUAUCUUUAAUUGCUAAAUUAUUUUCUGUAAACAGUCGUAAUGCAUCAUUAAACAUUUUUCUUUUACUUCCACACAAAUUUACUCAAACAGUAUAGAUGAAUAUAGAUUUCUUUAUUAUUUUUUAUAUAAUGCCUUGUAAAUAUUUGAAUCAUUGCUGUUAUUACUGUUAUAUACGAUGCAUAUUUAUUACUUUGACUUCUAAGUUUUUGUUAGAUAUCUGUAAGUGUUCAUUUUCAAGAGAUGAUCAUGUGUUGACAUGUAUACAGUGAUCCACCAAGCAGGGUAUUAUACAUUACUCAACCUCAUUGUGAAGUCACCUCAUCAAUAAACAUUCAUAAAGUAUAAUUGAUUGUCAGUUCAUUUGUGCUAUUCAUGUCUAUUGUGUGUGUGUGUGUGUGUGUGUGUGUGUGUGUUAGUUACCAUUUUGUAGUAGGCACAUGUCGAUUAGACACUAGGCCUGUUGUAUAUGUGUGUGUGUGUGUGUGUGUGUGUGUGUGUGUGUGUGUGAGAUAUGUGAGUGAGUGAGAGUAUGUGUGUGUGUGUGUGUGUG